AUGCGCUCUUUCCUUCUCGCCGGCGCUGCCUUUGCAGCCUCAGUUUUCGCUCGCAGUCUCCCUCUGCAUGAGCACGCUGCUCUCGAGACGCGCCAGAACAACGGCGGUCUGCCCAGCACCUUCACCUGGUCAUCCAGCGGCGUCCUCGUGUCGCCCAAGCAGGACAGCCGUCAAAUUGCGGGUAUCAAGGACCCGACGAUUAUCCAGAACAACGGUGUAUACCAUGUCUUUGCCAGCACGGCCAAGGCAGAGGGCUACAACCUAGUCUACUUCAACUUUACCGACUUCAGCAAGGCCAACCAGGCGCCAUUCUUCUACCUUGACCAGUCAGGUAUCGGCACAGGUUACCGUGCCGCUCCUCAAGUCUUCUACUUCGCCCCCCAGAAGCUCUGGUACCUCGUCUACCAAAACGGCAAUGCAGCAUACAGCACCAACCCCGACAUUUCCAACCCACAAGGCUGGACCGCCCCGCAAGUCUUCUACCCCAACGGCACCCCCCAGACGAUCCAAAAUGGUCUAGGAUCCACUGGCUACUGGGUCGACAUGUGGGUCAUCUGCGACACCGCCCUCUGCCACCUGUACUCGUCCGACGACAACGGCGGUCUCUACCGCAGCCAAACGCCCGUCUCGCAGUUUCCACGCGGCAUGAACGAGCCCGUCGUAACGCUCAAGGCUGCCAAGAACGACCUCUUCGAAGCCUCGACCGUCUACAACAUCGCAAACACCAACACCUACCUCCUCGUCGUCGAGUGCAUCGGCACCGGCAACUCACCCGGUGGCCUGCGCUACUUCCGCUCCUGGACCACCCAGUCGCUCACAAGUGACAAGUGGACUCCUCUUGCCGCCUCCCAGCAGACCCCCUUCCUUGGCGCCGCCAACACACAGUUCCCCGGUGGCCGCUGGUCCCAGAGCUUGUCCCAUGGCGAGCUGGUCCGCACAAAUGUCGACCAGAGGCUGCAGGUUCGCCCGUGUGAGAUGAGGUACCUGUACCAGGGUAUUGACCCCAAUGCUACUGGCACCUACAAUGCGCUGCCAUGGAAGCUGGCACUUGCUACCCAGACCAACUCGAAGUGUUAG